AUGUACAUGGACGCUCUCAACAAAUCCGACCUGGCUGACCCCUCUCAACGAGAUUCUGCCGCCCUGGAAGAUGCUGUCUGGAGAAAGUUUGACAUAUGGGUUCUCCCAACGUGCACUGCGUUCUACUUGCUUUCUUCCUUCUUUAAUGUCCCGGACAAUCAGGACAUGAACAACAUUGGAAAUGCGCGUGUCGCUGGUAUGCAGACAGCAUUGAAAAUUUCAGACUACCAGUACACCGUGGCUUUGACGCUCACUUGGGUCCCCUAUAUCGCCAUGGAGUUACCUUCAAAUCUGAUUUUGAAACGUGUCGGACCAAAUCUUAUGUUACCUACUAUGGUUAUCCUGUGGGGCAUAGUCGCUGCAAUGCAAGGACUCGUUACUGAUUAUACUGGACUAUAUUUAUGUCGAUUCUUUCUGGGUUUGACACAAGGCGGCCUCUUUCCAGGACUCGUCCUUUACCUUUCCUCCUUCUACCCCAGAGAGAGAUUACAUAUCAGGAUAACUACUUUCUUUGCCUCGGCAUCAUUAACAGGGGCCUUCUCUGGCCUGUUAGCUGCCGCUAUAACGAAAAUGGACGGAGUAGGUGGAAAACCAGGGUGGUCAUGGAUAUUCAUUCUUGAGGGAUUAUUCACCGUCCUAUUCGGUAUCUUCUCGUUUCUCAUUCUGCCUCGGUCCCCAGAGACUGUGCGCUUUUUAUCCCCAGAGGAAAGAUCGUAUGUUCUCUCGAAACUCAAGAGCAGUAAAGCCAUCUCCGAGGAUGAGAGAAAGGAUGACUUCAGCUGGAUAGAAGUACUGAGAGCGAUUCGUUCACCGCAAGUAUUAAUGCUCUGUGUCGUUGUAUUUUUUGGUGGUGCACUGCUGUUUGGGCUUGCAUUCUUUGAACCGACGAUCGUUGCUGGCCUGGGGUACACAGGCAAUCAGGCACAGCUUAUGAGCGUUCCCCCUUUCGUUCUUGCGUUUUUCGCCUCCAUGAUUUCCGCAUUCUUUUCCGAUCGGUACGGCUGCCGGGGCCUCACAGUGAUAUUUUUCUCGAUCUGGUGUAUAAUAGGGUUUUCCACGUUCUAUGUGAGCACUUCCCAACGCAUCCGGUAUGCUUCGCUCUUUUUUUCGGUGACAGGUGCAUAUGCAAGUGCUCCAGCCGAAAUUACAUGGGUCGCCAACAAUAGUGCUCCCCACACCCGGCGAGCAAGUGGCGUUGCCUUCGUCUCCGUUGCGAGUAAUUUAGGUGCAAUUCUCGCAACCUGGUUACUUGGCUCCUUGUCACCCGGCCCAAAUUACACGGCAGCCACGAUCACAUUCGUCGUCAUGUCCAUUGGCCUAGGUCGUAGUCUCAUCUCUAAAUCUGCUCUACCUCUUACGGGAGAAUCGUGCAAAGGCGAAGAUGAGGCUUUCUAUGGCAAAGGAAGAUGAACCCGAACAAUUGGGAGAUCGCAGUGCAUGGUUCGUGUACGCCUUGUAGUUCGUGGUGCGAAGGACGAGAAUUCAAGCAGGCGGGCUUCGAUUACAUCCAUCUGCUUGGUACCGCACCGCAGAUUGGUUAAAGCGCUCACUGAAGACCACACAUAUCGUCCAUAUACCGCGCUUGUAUUUACAGCAAUAGAAUAGAAGAAUAGAACUCUGGCUUAUCCUGAU